AUGGACGACAGCGACGGCGAGCUGGAGGUGUUCGACGCCCCAGCACCAGCGCCGCUGGCUGCGCAGAGACCGGGGGGCGGUUCGCGGCCUCGCACCGCAGGGGCGGUGACGGGCUCCCUGCACGCGAAGGUCGUCGAUGACGAGUCGAGCGAAGAUGAGGUACCGUUGGGGCUGCCUUCGAGCGGGAAACUCGCGCCCACGAUCCCAAUAGGCGGCUCGAGUGGCCUGGGCUCCACGCCAACAGCCUCUGAAGGGUCCGGGCACGGCCACGCCGGGCGGUCGGGGCCGCGGGGCAGCCGGAGCCCCUCGCCCACGAGCUCCUCAGGGUUCAGGAGAUCGAAAUCCAGCGGAGUGAACCGGCGAAACACGCCGCAGGUCCACGAUCUGGUCUACACGGUGCGCGCGACCAAGACGCAGCCGGACCUCGCGGUCGUCCCGGAGGCGCUGCACACCGAGGCUUUUCCUCCCUCGAUGCCAGCGGCCCUGUCGCGCGCGCGGUCGUCGAAGGGCUCGUAUUCGCGGCUCUCCUCGCUCCACUCGAUCGGAGAAGACCCCAUCAUGGAAACGAUGGACGAACCCAUCCCGUUCGCAGACAGGAAGACGCGGCGGUCCGUGUCGCCGCGGAUGCAGAACCGGCACCGCUCGUCGGCCUCGGGAUCCGACCGGCCCCCGUCGCCGCCGCCGCCCGUCGUGCUCGCCAGCCUCCCGCGCGGGCACGCGCCGGACCUGGGCCGCAUCGACGAGGGCAUCACGCCGUCCCUCCCCGAGCGCCGGCCCUCGCCCCCGCCCUCGGACCUCCUCCCCGCGGCACUCUCGACCCGCAGCGUCGCGUCCUCCGUCGAGCACCUCGGCGGGAUCCGCGAGGCCGACGAGGAGGACCAUCAGGGCCGGAAGCGCGCGCGCAAGGCCCGCUCGGGCCGCCGCAGGAGCGCGCCGCUGAACGCCGCCAAGCCCCGCCACGGCAGCGCGCCGGGCGACCCGCCCCUGCCCGGGGGCCGCGCGGAGGUGGCGAGCGCCGGCACGCUGCCGGCGAUGCCCGCCGGCGACGACGAGUUCGGGUACGUGUUCGACGGCGAGGCGCGCAAGGGGAGCCACUACGCGCCGACGUUCCGCGCGGAGGCGGUGCCGGCGCACCUGCUGCUGAAGCCCAAGGUGGACGGCCCGCUGGAGGCGCUCGAGGAGGACGAGGAGAUCGAGGACGAGGAGGAGGACGUGGGCGCGGCCGCGGAGCCGCCCGCGUCGCCGGUGCUGCGCAGUCCGUCGCCGACGGAGGCCGCGGGCAGCGACGCGGUCGUCGCGCGGCUGCGGAGGAUCGCCGCGCAGGACAACAGCCGGCAGCGCAGGCAGCAGGCGGGCGCGGCGUCGGCGGUGCCCGCCGAGACGGGCUUCGCGCUCGGGGCCCGCCGCCCCGUCGCCACCGCGGCCGGGCAGGCGUCCGCGCAGAUGGAGGGGCAGCGGGCGGCGGCGGCGGACAUCGCCGCGCGCAGCCACGUGCCGCAGGCCCCCGCGGCCCCGGCGCCGCAGGGCGGCAGGAAGCAGCUCCCGCCCAUUCGGUACGGCCGCAAGGUCACGUCGCGGACCAAGGACGGGCCCGAGGCGGCGCCGGCGCGGCAGGCGUCGGGCGCGACGGUCGACGUCAAGGGCAGCGACCUGGCGGCGUUCCUCAGCGACACGGCGGCGCCGCAGGGCGACGAGGGGGGCGUUGCCUUCGACCUGGACAUUGACAUCACGAUGGAGCCCGAGGACGACGCGCGGGCGGCGACGCGGGCCGCCGUGGAGGCGCAAGUGCAGGCGCAGGCGCAGGCGCAGGCGCAGGCGGCAGCGGAGGAGGCGGCGCAGGCGCAAGCGCAGGCGCGGGCGCAGGCACAGGAGGAGGCGGCGCGGGCGCGGGCGCAGGCGCAGGCCGCCGCACUGGCGCAGGCGCAGGCCGCGAGCCAGGCUGCGAGCGCGAGCGCGGUGCGGGGCGCGCCCGAGCUCACGGUGGCGGAGGAGGCGGCCGCGAACCGUGCGGUGGGUGCGGGGCUCGUGAUGGCGCCGGGGGGGCUGGACGCCGCGGCGCAGGCGCGUGGGGAGGAUGUCGACGUUCCCCCGCGCGCCGCGGCGGCCCGGCAGGCGUCGGGCGCGCAGGCGGUGGCCGCGGCGCAGGAGGCCACCACGCAGGCAGUGAUCAUGGACCUGGACGGCGGGGCGCGGGCGGCCACGCCGGCGGGGCCGCCCCCGAUCUCGUACGUGGAGGCCCGCGACCGGGCGAUGGCGCUCGACCUGUCGCGGCACGCCGGGUCGGUGGUGGUGUCGAGUCCCGACGACACCCCCCGGCAGAAGGGGGGGUUCUUCGGGUUCCUGCGGCGCAUGUUCGGCGGGCGCGGCCCCGCGGCGCUGCAGUCCGACCUGCACAUGUCGCGGCUGCAGACGUACUGCCUGGCGAAGGUGGCGAUGGACGACGGCGACGAGCUGCACGCGCGGCUGCUGCGCGGGGUGUGGAACAAGUUCACGCACGGCAAGGCGUUCCUGCGGUACGGCGCGCACUGGGAGGAGCUGGGGUUCCAGGGCACGGACCCGGCGACGGACCUGCGCGGCGGGGGCGUGUUGGCGCUGGUGCACCUGCUGCACCUGCACGACAUCAACCCGGGCCUGGCCGACGAGGUGCUGACGCUGAGCCGCGGGGCGCAGGAGUUCCCGCUCGCGCCCGUGUCGAUCAACGUCACGCGCUGGGCGCUCGAGGCCGGGCGGCGCGGGCGGCUCGACGCGGCGGCCAACAAGCUCGGGUCGUUCUUCGACGCGGCGGCGCUGUACCACGCGGGGUGCAUGUUCGAGUUCAUUGCGGAGUGGAAGAAGUCCGGGGCGACGAUCGAGCAGUCCGGGCACGUGAUGAGGCGCGUCGAGGAGCUCUGCCGGGACAAGGGGUCGCGCGUCGUGGACCAGGCGCUGCUGGUGCGGGGCGGGAAGUACCGCCUCACGUGA